GCAUCUUCAGCGCUGCCUGCCAGUUGUGUGAGAAGAUGCUCUCGUUAUACGCGCAACAUUAUCAUGAGGUUGGAUUGUACAUAUUUUUCAAAGUUUAAGAAAUACCUCAAGGAUUUUCAUCUACCGGGUUUGGGAUGUUACCGAUAAUUAAAGGACCAGAGGACAUGAAAUCAUGUAAUUUAUUCAGUUAAAGAACAACGGACUCAACAGUUUGUUUCGGGGUGACAUACCGAGUGCGACUCACACCAGCACCGUUAGUAGCGAUCACCAGUCUUCUGUUGAAAUUGACCGUUGACCGAGGAGCUAUUUCACUUUUUUAUUUUGAGGGUUGAGUUGGGCAGACGCUUAUCUGAUGAUCAGUCCACCCUCUACUCUGACAUGCACUGAUUCCCUGUGAUGUUGCAGGAUGAGCGCUGAUUUGGAGCGCGUUUCGACCAGCACGUCGGUGAACUCGGACUCCCGCGCGCUGUCGGCAAACGUCCGCAGGCUCCACAACGAUCUCAACCUGCUGCUCACCGACCUGGAGAGAGAGCAGUUUAUUCACUGUCUCAAUGUGUACCACGCCAAGCGCAACGUCUUUGACCUGGUUCGAACUCUAGAAGUGAUUCUCAACACUUCCAGCAAACGUCAAAUGCUGCCCAUGCUGCGCCUGGUCAUCCCAAGGUCCGACCAGCUGCUGUUCGACCAGUACACGUCCGAGGGACUCUACCUGAAGACGGAGCUGCUCCCCAUAAACGGCAAAGUUGAGCGUUUUGGAGACGAGGGUGACUUAACUCUGCAUAAAUAUGUCAGUUCGAUGCAUGAGGAGCCCUCCUCAUCCGGCUGUGCGGACGGUUCCAGCGCUACCAUCGAUAUGUCUCCAUCCAUGGCCCCGAAGUUUCUCGAAGGUCCGUUUACAGAAGUGCGCAAAGUUACCCUGACGCGUUCCAGAAGCCACGAGGGUCUGGGUUUCAGCAUCCGUGGUGGGUCGGAGCACGGAGUGGGAAUCUACGUGUCCCUUGUGGAGCCGAGGUCGUCGGCCGAGGCACAAGGACUGCGGGUCGGGGACCAGAUACUAACCGUGAACGACGUGAUGUUCGACAAUGUUACUCACAAGGAAGCCGUGAAGGUGCUGAAGGGAUGCAAUAAGCUGACCAUUUCACUGUGUUCCAUGGGUCGGAUCCCUGGAGGCUACAUCACCAAUCACUUGUACAGUUGGGUGGAUCCUGUGGGUCGGAGAGUCUCACCGCCACCUGACAGCCAGGAGGCCAACCAGAGGCAAGGGCAUAGCAUGUUGGAGAGGACGGCAAGUCUAAAUAUGGACAGUGGUCGCUCCCUGGGCCUAAUGAUCAGAGGUGGUGCGGAGUAUGGACUGGGGAUUUAUAUCACUGGAGUUGAUCCUGGAUCUGCUGCAGAUGCUGGUGCACUAAAGGUGGGUGACCAGAUCAUAGAAGUCAACAAUCAGAGCUUUCUCACCAUCUCCCAUGAUGAGGCAGUUAAAAUCCUGAAAACAAGAAACCAGCUACUGAUGAAGGUGAGGGAUGUUGGUCGUCUGCCUCAUGCACGCAAAGUGGUGGAUGAAACCAAAUGGAUCUGCAGUCAGCCUGAAACCAAUGCUACAGCUAUCCCAAAUUCUGUCACCAACCCCAAUGCCAAUGCUGGCAUCGAAGCGAGUGUCAGUGCUUGCAGUUCAAGACCUUCCUCAGCCAAGUGUACAUCUGUAUUUGGAAAGCCAGCAGUAUGCAGAGGUGGAGACCCGCCAGAGGCUCAGGUGGCUCUGGAGCAACAGGCCUACAUUCUGCUAACAGAGCCAGAGAGGAAAACGAUGGCCUACUACCUACAGGAGUACCAGGAGGGACACAUAGAAGUGCAACCUCUGGCCAUGGCUCUUUUUGAGCUAUUUAAUACACAUGCAAAGUUGUCAAUGUUAUUUGAGUUGAGGAGUCUGGUGGCUCCCCAGGACCUUGAGUUAUACGACAAGCUGGUGUCACAUCGUGAGAGGGAGGCCAACCAGACCUGGCAUGGGGGCCUGAGAGCGCCAAAUCCUCAUGUCAAUUUCAGCCACUCGGCGUCUGUUGUCCAUGAUGCAGAUCACGCUGUCCCUUCUACGGAUGAAAUGCAGGCUUCAAAUGAAUCUUCUCCAAUCUUCAGUACUGCUCUUCUCCAGGCUCAGAGGUCUAAAAGGAAAGAGCUUGGCCCAAAGCCUUCAUCUCAGCAGUUCCAGCCCCGUUCCAGCUCACCAUUUACUGGCUCCACCUGGCUGCUCCAAGAGUUGCUCCACAAGUCGCUCAAGGCCAUCCCUUCCUCCCACCAGUUCUCACCAGUCUCUGCCUACCACACAUGCUCUGGUGUAAACCCCCACGUUUUGCCAAAUGCACUCCAUAACACCUGCCAGAAUUCCCUUCAACUCUCUGAACACCACAACCAUCCCCACUUUGCUCAUCACUUCCACCACCAGGCUGCCCUCUGUGGCCCACCCAAUUCAGGAUACAACACCUGCCCAGGCUUCUUGCAUUACAGGGAUUCUGCUAGCUGUCCUAAGCCAGAGGCAUCUGUGAAACCCACUUCCAGAUCAACCUCCUAUGAGAAGUCCUCCUACUUGUCAAAGUCUGUGUCAUCUUCCAGGGCAGCAUCACCCAUGCAAUCACCUUACGCAUCACCACAUCUUUCGCCAUGUCCCUCCCCCUGCCCCUCUCUCAUGUCACCUGCUGCUGCACCCUGUAGUCCUAUCCGGACCUGCUUACCUGUCCUCACCAAGAACUUCAUCAUAACAAACAUGAACCGGCUGUCUGCAGACUCCAGACAACAGCAAAGAGCUGCCACCCUGUCCGAGCUGUCAGACAGUGGCCAAACUCUGAGCGAGGACAGCGGGGUGGAUAUAGCUGAGGCAGGAGGCCUCAAUAAAGAAGACCGCAGCUCUCAACCCAGCAAGAACCAGCAAAGCAAUCUGGAACACCCAGGGACCAGACAACAGACUGGCUCACCUGUCCCAGUUCCCACAGCUACCUUGGUACGAGUGGUGAAAAAUGCCAACACUCUUGGAAUUGCAAUAGAGGGUGGAGCAAACACGCGUCAACCAUUGCCACGCGUAGUCACUAUUCAGAAAGGAGGCUCUGCUCAUAACUGUGGUCAGUUGAAGGUGGGUCAGGUCAUCCUUGAGGUCAAUGGAAUUUCCCUGAGAGGUCGGGAACACAAGGUUGCUGCCCAGAUCAUAGCUGAGGCAUUCAAGAACAAAGAUAAUGACCAAAUUGAAUUCCUGGUUGUUAUGCAAUGAUCAUGACCCUCAUUUGAAAGGGAUUAAUGAAAAAAUAUUUAUGAUAAUUUCACUGACUAGUAUUUGCGCGAUUUUAAUUUGGAUAAUGAUAUUACAUUCAUAUUUGCCAUACGCUCAUCUCAUCUCACGCAUAUGUGAAUUAAAUGCGGUUUACUUCUGUUUCACUAAGUUUUGAAACCCUGGAUUGUUGUAUACUGUAUGUCUGGCUGUAUUAGUACUGUUACUGUAUCGCAUCAAAUAAUUCAAAUUUUGAAGCGUGUUGUAUUCAAUGUUUUUGAGACACUAUCUGGGAAGGUAGGGCUACUCUGAAUAUGUUGAAAUUCUAAUUUCAGAAAGGAUUUUAACUUUCAUGUCAUUUCUUUCUGCUUAUUUUCAAAAUAAGCAAGAUGAGCCACUAUUUCUUAUUAGGGUAACAUUAAAAAUGACCUCAGCCAAAACAAUAAUAUACAUCUGUCACUGCACUUCUUGGGGGUAUGGUCAACGUAAUUUCUACCUCCAAAUAAGGUGUUAGCCAAUCUACUUAAGUUUCUGGAUUGUUUACAACCUGUCGAAUAAACUCACCACUCAUGUUUCUUGAACUGAAAUACUUUUUUUGGAAUCCCGAUAUCUGAGAAAAAAGACAUGAUUGAAGUGUAGAUAAGGUAAAAAGAAGAGUGCUAUAUAUUUGUCAUGUCACUAAAAGAAUGAAGAAUAUGAUUUCACAAUCUUAGCUUCUGUUUUUACUACACAGUUUUUAUUAAGGUUCAGUCAAAUUAUGAUAUUAAAGAAAUUAAGAUAACUGCUUGUGCACCAUUUAAGGUUACAUUAUUAGAGAAAAUGUUCUGCUACCCGGUGUCACAGGAGAACAGUGAUUAGGACCCAAACACUGACCACAGGAGCCAGUAUCGGGUAACAUCAUCUUUUAUUUGCACCAGAAGAAAGUGUAGAGCCCGAGGUCCGACACCGGCUCAGGCAGAUCACAGUGUGACUCCUGUGGCUUGAACCCGGGGGCAGCUGGAGUAAAGAACUCUGGGAAAAAGACAAAACGGACUGACAACCCAGGCCUGCAAAACCAAGGUUGGAAUACAGCAAGUGAUGAGUUGGUCGCAGCUGUGCACCUCUUGGGAAUCGGUGACGUCUGGAGGUGGGACCAGGAACACACCAACAAAACAAAACCACACAAAAACACAAAACAGGGGGUGACCGACACAUGAAAGAGUCUUAGGGGGAAAUGGAGGCAAAACACACAAUGGGUCAGACAUGGAUCCUGACACCCAGAUGAGUUCACAUGGAAGGGAAAUUCUACUACAACGGACUGAAUUUGUGUGACACACUAAAACAUCAUUUCUGCAUGUAUUUGCAUAUCUCAAUCAGCAUAUCUUGGCCAAAUAAAAUGACAGUAUUGAA